AUGAGAGCAAAUUGUUCCAGCAGCUCAGCCUGCCCUGCCAACAAUUCGGAGGAGGAGCUGCCAGUGGGGCUGCAGGUACCUGGGACUCUGGAACUUGUUUUCACAGUGGUGUCAGCCGUGAUGAUGGGCCUGCUCAUGUUCUCGUUGGGGUGCUCUGUGGAGAUCCGGAAGCUGUGGUCGCACAUCAGGAGACCCUGGGGCAUUGCUGUGGGACUGCUCUGCCAGUUUGGGCUCAUGCCUCUAAUUGCCUAUUUCCUGGUCAUCAGCUUCUCUCUGAAGCCCAUCCAAGCUAUUGGUGUGCUCAUCAUGGGGUGCUGCCCAGGGGGAACCAUCUCUAACAUCUUCACCUUCUGGGUUGAUGGAGAUAUGGAUCUCAGCCUCUCAGCGAUUUGUGUCACGAGCACAGUGGCUGCCCUGGGAAUGAUGCCACUCUGCCUUUAUAUCUACACCUUGUCCUGGAAUCUUGAGCAGAAUCUCACCCUUCCAUAUCAGAAUAUAGGAAUUUCCCUUUUGUGCCUGACCAUUCCUGUGAUGUUUGGUGUCUAUGUGAAUUAUAGGUGCCCAAAACAAUCCAAAAUCAUUCUCAAGAUUGGGGCCAUUGUUGGUGGGGUCCUCCUUAUGGGAGUUGCAGUUGCUGGUAUGGUGCUGGCGAAAGAAUCUUGGAAUCCAGACAUCACGCUACUGACCAUCAGUUUCAUCUUUCCUUUGAUUGGCCAUGUCAUGGGCUUUCUGCUGGCACUUCUUACCCACCAAUCUUGGCAGAGGUGCAGGACAAUUUCCUUAGAAACUGGAGCUCAGAACAUUCAGAUGUGCAUCACCAUGCUACAGUUAUCUUUCACUGCCAAGCAGUUGGUCCAGAUACUCAGCUUCCCAUUGUCCUAUGGACUCUUCCAGAUGUUGGAUGGAGUUCUCAUUGUUGUAGCGUAUAAGAUGUACAAGAGGAUACUGAAGAAUAAACACAGAAAGAAACCAGGUUGUGCAGAAGGCUGCCAUAACAAGAAAUCUGCCUCUCCCAAGGAGACCAGUGCUUUCUUGGAGGUGAAUGAAGGAGUCGUCGUAACUCCUGGGCCGUCAGAGCCGAAGGACCGCCACACGGCUCUUGAGCUGAUUGGCCAUAUCUCUUCCUGUGACUAGUAGGGGUUUGCUGGCCUGCCUGGUCACCGGCUUCCUCAGCGGCCAGUAAAGACAGUGCAGAGCUGAUGCGUGGAUCUCAUUG